CAAAGGAAAGAAUAUAUGGACGCAUACCAUUCUAGUGUCAGUACACUCUUAUCUUUUUCUGUCUGCCUCUCUGCAGAGCUUCCCUCAGUGUCUCUCCUCCAGAAGUCUCCCUCCUCUCCAGUCAGCUGCCACGCUACAGGUUUCUACCCUGACAGAGCCAUGAUGUUCUGGAGGAAAGAUGGAGAGGAGCUUCAUGAGGACGUGGACCUCGGAGAGAUCAUCCCCAACCACGAUGGAUCCUUCCAGAUGAGUGUUGACCUGGACCUUUCAUCAGUCCCAGCUGAAGACUGGAGGAGGUACGACUGUGUGUUUCAUCUCUCUGGUGUGGAGGACGACAUCAUCACCAAACUGGACAAAGCAGUGAUCAGGACCAACAGAGUGACUCACUCUCUGAAGUAUUUCUACACUGCGUCUUCUGAAGUCCCAAACUUCCCAGAGUUUGUGGCUGUUGGAUUGGUUGAUGACGUUCCGAUAGAUUACUAUGACAGUAACACCAAGAGAGUAGAACCCAAACAGGACUGGAUGAGCAGAGUCACAGAAGAUGAUCCUCAGUACUGGGAGAGGGAGACUGAGAUCUUGGUGGGUCAACAGCAGGCCUACAAAGUCAACAUUGAAGUUGCAAAGCAGCGCUUCAACCAAACUGGAGGUGUCCACGUUCUCCAGUGGAUGUACGGCUGUGAGUGGGAUGAUGAGACUGAUGAGGUCAAUGGUUAUGAACAGUUUGGUUAUGAUGGAGAAGACUUCAUAUCAUUUGACCUAAAGACAGAGACGUGGAUCGCUCCAGAACACCAGGCUGUCAUCACCAAACACAAGUGUAACGAUAACAAAGCUGAGAUAGCUCAGAGAAAACACUACUUCACCCAGAUUUGUCCUGAGUAUCUGAAGAUGUAUGUGGACUAUGGGAGGAGCUCUCUGCUGAGAACAGAUCUUCCCUCAGUGUCUCUCCUCCAGAAGUCUCCCUCCUCUCCAGUCAGCUGCCACGCUACAGGUUUCUACCCUGACAGAGCCAUGAUGUUCUGGAGGAAAGAUGGAGAGGAGCUUCAUGAGGACGUGGACCUCGGAGAGAUCCUCCCCAACCACGAUGGAUCCUUCCAGAUGAGUGUUGACCUGGACCUUUCAUCAGUCCCAGCUGAAGACUGGAGGAGGUACGACUGUGUGUUUCAGCCCUCUGGUAUGGAGCAUGACAUCAUCACCAAACUGGACAAAGCAGAGAUCAGGACCAACAGAGCCAGUCGACAGGAAACCUGGGAGGAUUCUGAGCUGUUCAAAUCACAGCCGGCCUCUGACGUCGAUGCCUCGGGCAAGAAACGUUACGUGGCGCCUCACGUCAUCUACCAAACGGGGAAGAAACCCGACGAGCCCUGCUCCAUCACCUCUUCUCUCAGCUACUUCCCCGAAGAAGAACCCGGCGAGGUAAACGUGACGGCUCCGCCCAAGUCUCCGCCCUCCAACCUCACCGUGGUGAUGGUGGAGGGAUGCCCGUCCUUCGUCAUCCUGGACUGGGAGAAGACGGACAACGACACUACCGAGUAUGAAGUCAUCUCCACCGUUGGCGAGCAGGUUUCCAUCCUGACCACCAUCCAGACUCACACCUCUGUGGAGAACCUCAAACCUGAGACCAGUUAUGAGUUUAAAGUGAAGCCGAAGAACGUGCUGGGUGCAGGUCCUCCCAGCGAGCCGGUCACCUUCGACACAGAGUCUGCUGAUCCUCGAGUGAGCGACAACGUUUCAGGAAGAAACGCCAUCUGGACUCAGUUCCCCUUCCAGACGGACUCUUACUCCGACUGUCACGGGAAGCAGUACGUCAAGAGAACCUGGUACAGGAAGUUCGUCGGCGUCCAGCUCUGCAACUCGCUGCGCUACAAGAUCUACCUGAGCGACUCGCUCAAUGGUAAAUUCUACAACAUCGGGGAUCAGACUGGCUUCGGCGAGGAUCACUGUCAGUUCGUCGAUUCCUUCCUGGAUGGAAGAACAGGAGGCCAGCUCCAAGCUGACCAGCUCCCCUCCAGACCCGGUUUCUACAGAGCCGAGCGUCAGGAGCCCGUCCACUUCGGACAGAUCGGAGGACACUCCCACGUCAACUACGUCUCGUGGUAUGAGUGCGGGACGCCCAUUCCUGGGAAAUGGUGAACGAACUUCACGUCCGUUCUCGGAGAAACUCCAGGACACAAACUGCCGUCGGCCAGGCUGGGAGGCAGCGACAGCAGGAGACUUCUUCACGUUACCCAGAGCUGUAAAAACAUGUACAGGAC